GAGAGAGAGAGAGAGAGAGAGAGAGAGAGAGAGAGCGUGGGGGAGGAUGUGCGCCGAGGCUCUCGCUCUGCUCCGGCAGCAGGAGCCAUGGUUCGUCUCGCUCGCCAUCCUCGGCGCCCUCUACGUCGCAGCCGUCGCGUACCGCCUCCUCCACACGUCCGGCCUCGCGCUCUGCCUGCGCGGGCCCAAGGACCUACGCCGCCGCUACGGGGCGUGGGCCGUCGUCACCGGCCCGACGUCCGGCAUCGGCCGCUCCAUGGCCCUCGAGCUCGCGCGGCGCGGCCUCAACCUCGUCCUUGUCGGCCGCGACCCCGGCGCGCUCCAGGACAUCGCCGGAACCGCCUCCGACACCCACGGCGUGCUGACCAAGACCGUGCAGUUCGACUUCUCGCUCGUCUCCACGCCUCAAGGGGAGGAGGCGAUGGGGCGGCUCCGGCAGGCGGUGGAGCGGCUGGAGGUGGGCGUGCUGGUGAACAACGCCGGCGUGGCGACGCCGCAUGCGACGUACCUGCACGAGGCCGACGCAGAGGCGUGGGUGAGAAUGAUACGGGUGAACCUGUGGGCCGUGACGGAGGUGACGGCGGCCGUGCUUCCCGGCAUGGUGGAGCGCGGGAGGGGCGCCGUCGUCAACAUCGGCUCAGGCGCGGCGGAGGCGCUGCCCUCCUACCCGCUCUACUCCGUCUACGCCGCCACCAAGCGGUACGUUUCCCAGUUCUCCCGCAGCCUCUGCGUUGAGUACAGGGGCAAAGGAAUCGACGUGCAGUGCCAGGCCCCGCUGUACGUGGACACGAAGAUGGUGACCAACAUGGUGACGCGGGGAGGCCUCCUGUCGCGGCUGAUCAUGCCGACGUCGGACGCUUACGCCGGCGCGGCCGCUCGCUGGAUCGGGCACCGCCGCCCGGUCUGCAUGCCCAACCUCGGCCACCGGCUGCAGUGGUGCCUCUGCCACUUCGUCCCGGACCGUGCCCUCGCCGCGCACCGCCUCCGCGAGAACCUUCGGCAGCGGGCCGUCUUCCAGCUGCUCAGGUCAUCAUCAGGCGAGGGAAUCGGUGGACGUCGUUAGCGGCGACCUCACCCGCCAGCAGAGUUUAUUGGUAGUAAAAUAAUUAUGUUGACUUGGUAUUUAUUGUGCGAAGUAUCUUUCAUAGUAAAGUAUUGGACGCAGAUAA